UCAGUCUGUCUCAUCUGGCAAACAUUUUAGUCGUAAAAAUUUGUUACGUGUCAUAUAAAUUUGAUAAAAUCUAUAGAACGAUUUCGUUUGUAAAAAAAAUAUUCAUUUAAUCGAAUCUGUAGUUUUAGUUUUAGCAUUAGAGAUGACAUCGAAUUUAAGUUUUUUAUUUUUACUAGUGGCCUGUCAUAUAGGAUUUAGUUUCACGGACGGCAUUGGAAAGACUGAGCGAAUUUUAUCCCGUAAAAGACGAUAUGUGACAUUUCCUGAAGGUUCCAGUUUCUCUUGCGCUGCUUGCAUGACAGUAGGUGUGAUAGGCCAACCAGCGCCAUCUACUGCCCCAGGCACUUUCACGUUUGGUCUCAAUUGGGGCAUCGCGUAUGAACUACCAAAUGCAACAGAAACAUUAAGUUUUUAUCACAAGAAGUACAGACUAAAAAAACCAGUAGCACAGAGACGGAGUAGAAGAGAACUAUAUAGCAAGAUUGAGAGUAUUUUGGAUAAUAUGGGCUACAAUGGACGACAGUGUAUUUUGAAGACUCUUUGUGAGACCACUCAGCGUAUUGUUCCUCAUGGUAACAACAUGAUCGAAGAAAUAUUUAGGACUUUAUUCACCUUGCCUGUCACAAAGGUGUUACCCGAGGAACCUGUGGAGCAUGCUAUAUACGAUGCAGCGCAUCGUCUCGGUGCACUUCUAGAAAACUGUGAAACUUAUAAGUGUCCGAUGUCUUUAGUAGACUGGGCACAAGGAUAUUACAAUGCACCGGCCCCAAAAUUGAACCCUGCGACACACCCGUGGGCUUUAUUUAGCAGUAAUUUUGGAUAGUUCAAAAAUUUUGUUAGCAUUGAAAGAAGUAAAUGUUUCUGAUAUCAUAGAUCAUAGGAGUCUAGAUAAAGCAGCAAGUGUUAAAAAAAAUCCCAAAAAUUGAUUAGUCGAUUAUUAAUUGACCGUUUUUUGGGAUGCGUCGUUUUUUCAUAGUGAACAUCUAAAUGUUCAAUCUCUUAUUGUGGUGUACAAAAAUAUAAUAAUUACUAUAUAUACAAAAUAAUAAUUUCAGAAGCUCACCAUUUUGGAAGUGAUAAUAUUUAGACGUUUAAUGAGUUAAGUCAUAGACUAUAUAUAUAUGAAUACCUAAAUUAAGGUUACUGCAAACAAAUUUCAAACAAUUGUCUUUGGUAAUUUUAUUCUGUGUCUUACCAUUUUUGGUAGUAUAGAUAUAUGUAUGUAUAUAUAUGAUACUUACGAAUAAUUUACUGUUUGUAUUAAGUCGCUGCAUGUAUUUAUUUUUAGUUCUGUAACUAUAUAAAUUUCAUAAAGUUCCUUUUAUUAUUAUUAUAUUAAUAUAUUAAAAUAAAACAUGUA